UACUUAUGUACAUAAUGUUGAACACAUAAAGGGAGCUUGAAAAGUGUACCAGACAGGCUCCCACCACCUCACCUCUUGUCCAGAAAUCUCCAUUCUCCAAAACUGCUUCCACUCUUCUCAUUUUCUCUCUCUCUUUCUUUCUUUCUCUUUGCCUCACACUGGAGAACCCUCUUCAAUUCCCUCCACACCCCCAUCAGAUAAAUUUCUCUUAUACCCUCUGAAUAUUCAUCAUCAUCAGCAUCAUUAAUCAUGGUUCCUCUGAUGUGUUUUGUGCUAUUUUUGGCCCUGGCUGGCCACUCAAGUGCUCUUUACUGUGUAUGCAAAGAUGGUGUGGGUGAUCAAGCUUUGCAGAAAGCAAUAGAUUAUGCAUGUGGUGCUGGAGCUGAUUGUACCCCUAUUCUACAGAAUGGAGUCUGUUACCAACCUAACACAGUGAAGGAUCACUGCAACUAUGCUGUUAAUAGCUAUUUCCAGAAAAAGGGUCAAAUUCAGGGAAGUUGUGAUUUUUCUGGUGCUGCUACCCCCAGUCAAACUCCACCUACUUCAGCUUCCACAUGUGUUUACCCCUCAAGUCCAAGCAAUUCAGGAACAGGAACCACAACAACCCCAACAACCACUACACCAUCAGGCACACCAUCCACCUUGACUCCAACCACUCCCACUACUGGUAUAACUCCAGGCACUGGCACUGGCACUGGCACAGGCACAACCACAGGCACCACCACUGGUAGUCCUAAUAUGUUUGGAAUGAGUCCAACAUCUUCAACUGGAACAGGCUUCAAUGACUCUAGCAAAGGGGUGGUUCACUUGAGAGACUCUUGCAUGUUCCUAAUGUCCCUUGUUCUCACCUUCUGGCUAGUGUCAAGGGUCUAAACUAAUGGUACAGUUGUUGUGGGAAAAACUUGUGGAUGAGAUUUUGCCAACAUAGAAGCAAUGGGUGUUCAUGUAAUUUCAUCACUUGGAAAUCAUCCAGAAGCAAACCCCACUUUAGCCUCCUGUUUUUGGUUUUGUUCUGUUCCUCCUAAGAAAAAAAAAAGUUAGGGAAUUUGGUUCCUUUUCAGUGGUGAAUAUUUGAUGUAUGACUAAUGGGGUGGAACCUCAUAGGUUCCAUUUGUAUAUUAUCUAUCACUAUGAGAGGCCCUAUUUUUUUUUUUUUUUUUAACUGAGCCUUGCUACCUUAUAUUAUAUGAGAUAUUUACUUCUUUUUU